GUCGGAAGUGGAUAUUUUGAAAAGCGGAAAUCACGAUGUUUACAUUCUGCUCUCUGAUUAAGCUAGCCAUUCAACAGCUAGCAGGCUAACAGGCAGCAGGUAGAUGUUUUCCCGGUCAGGUUUAAUUACAGCCGGUGUUUUUAUAAGGUCACUGAAGUCUUUUCAGCCGUUGGGAGUUGUAACGUUACACCGCUUCUCUGACUUCUGCUGCGGUCGGUUAACCGUCUUGUCCCGGAGCAGACUCCAUCCUCCUCUUCCUCCUCCGCCCGGUGCUCCCCGGGUCAGACGUUACUCCAAAAACACUCAAAUGCCCCAAAAAGCGAAAGCGGCGAAGAAGCAGCCGGCUGCAGCUCAGGCAGAAGCUUCUGGUCCGGUGACUCGAGACAAAAGCGGCGCCGUUGCCAUCACGGUGCACGCGAAGCCUGGCUCCAAACACAGCGGCAUCACAGAAGUUUCUGCAGAGGCGGUGGGAGUCGCCAUCGCAGCGCCUCCUACAGACGGGGAGGCCAACACUGAGCUUAUUCGUUACCUGGCUGAAGUUCUGGGCCUGAAGAAAAGUCACAUAUCUCUGGACAAGGGCUCCAGGUCCAGAGACAAACUCAUCAGAGUGGACUCCUCUCUCAGCCCGGAGGAGGUGCUGCGGAGGCUCAGAGAGGCUGCAGGCUGACAGGAGGACAGAGACAAAACAAUGUGAAGAGUUUGAAUGUUCUCCUGAGACGAAGCAGAGUUGAAAACAUGCCAACAUGAGACUUUUAUUCUUCUGCUAUAUAUGAUAAUAAAAAACAAGUUGUUUUUAUGAAUAUUGAUAUUUAAAUGAACUUACCGAACACACAUACACUGACACGCUGAUCGGGCUUCACAGCUGGACUAGUACGGCUAGUGGGAUGCUUAAAGAACCAGAACAUCACCAUGGAAACGGUCUGAUCCACCGACCAAUCACCAGUGAGCAGAAGGUGUUUCCACGCCUCGAAUCAGAUCAAUCCACACAGUUUCGACCUUUCAAAGUAAAAGUAUCGCGGCAAGAUGUUUUUCGAUGCCUCCCUCCAUCACGCCAAAAAAUCACAUGACCACGCCAAACAACCCUCGUUUUGUCACUCUGUUGUUUUAAGACAGACUUGAAAAACUGUGAACUCGUCCUUUAAAAGUUAUCAGUUUUAAUAGACUUUAUUGAACAAAAUAACAAUAAUGAAAGCAGUAAAACCACUUAUAUUCUGAGUUUUCCAUCAUUUUAAGCCAAUCAUACAAAUACAAUACCAAGAGUUGCUCAGCAGAUGUUUUGUUGCCAUUUGUUUACUAUUAUUAUAUUGAUUCAUUGCUUCAGAAAGCUUUGUUUCCCCCAUUAUUACACAGAUGAAGGUCUCAGAUGUAGACUGGACAUGAUGUUUACAUGUUAGGAGUGUCUGAAGUGACUCACGAAAGUCUUUUUUAAAAUUUUAUGCCUGUUAACUUAUAAUAAACAGAAUAUGAUUUGUG